AUGAAGCGUAUGCGCAGCCUUGUUAGUAGUUAUGCUAUUCCAAGAUUGUAUACUUUGCCACUGCCCAAUAACACCAUCCCCGCAAAACCGGGACAACUGUCAUCUUUUAUCUCUUAUCGUCCUCUUCUACCUCCAUCCCCAACUCCAACUCCAACUCCGGCUCCAAUUCAAUUCCAAUCCCAAUCCCAUACAAAGAACCAAAAUGUCCUCCCCCUCAACCCGCCGCCUCCUAAAAGAAAGCACCGAUCUCCACAAAAACCCAAGCCCAUACUUCACAGCCGCACCAGUAAGCGACACCAAUCUCCACGACUGGCACUUCACACUCGCCGGACCCCCUCCCCAUCCCCCUACGCCCAAGGCCUCUACCACGGCCGCAUCACCUUCCCAGCCACAUACCCACUCCGCCCUCCCUCCUUCCGCUUCCUCACGCCGUCCGGCCGCUUCGAAGUCAACCGCGAAAUCUGUCUCAGCAUCUCCGGCCACCACGAGGAGUCAUGGCAGCCGGCUUGGGGAGUGCGCACUGCGCUACUGGGUAUUCGUUCUGAGAUCUUCGGUUCGGAGAGUCAGGGUCAGGUUGGCGGCAUGGAGGGGAGUGAGGAGCUGCGGAGGGAAUAUGCGCGGUUAUCGCUUGGGUGGUGCUGCCGGGAGUGUGGGGUUGGGAAUCUUGAGGCGAUGAGGGAGUUGUGGGGGGUUUGUCGGGAGCGUGGGGUUGAGGUUGAGGGUGAGGUUGCUGCUGUUGACCGGGGUGCUGGUGUCGAGGGCCAGCGGGAGACCGUUGAGGCUGGGCCUGAUGCUCUAGCUCCGGCUCCGGCUUCGGCUUCGAGUGGGAAUGAUCUUCCUAUUGGCAUUGAGGACCAAGAUCGAGCGCAUGAUGUCGUUGAGAGUACUCCGGCUGCGGAAUCUGUUCCGGCUCCUGCGCAGGUGUCUGCGGUACAGGCGCAACCACAGACACCGCUAUCUACUAUACAAGCACCGGCUGCGGCUGUUAUGCCUAUGCGGACAAGCUCGUCUCAAUUGGCUUCGACGGAGUCUCCGUCUGAAGGUGUCUGGCUGGACCGGGCUAUCAUUGGUGUGAUCGUUGCUCUUGUCUUGUUGAUAUUGCGCCGAGUGGCGAACGUCGACGAUCUGUAA